AUGACGAUUAAUAGCUUCGAGAAGGGUGGGGACGGUGGUGGGCCAUCUGAGUGCGACGAACAAUACCACUCAAAUAACGAACGUAUCGUGGCAUUGUCCACUAGGUGGUACAAUAACGGGCAUAGAUGCUUAAAGUAUAUCAAUAUAUAUUAUCGCAAUAGAAGUGUACGAGCCAAGGUCGUUGACGAGUGUGACUCCAACGACGGGUGCAAUGACGAUAUCGUGGACGCGUCUAAUGCGGUUUGGGUUGCCCUUCAGGUGUCGAGGAGUGAAUGGGGGGAGACACAAAUUACUUGGUCAGAUGCAUAA